AUGUCCAGCAAACCUCACACAAUAGGGGAACAGCUAAUCUUGCCAGCUGUAAAAGAAGUCCUGAAGAUGGUGCUACGCAAGGUACCAGAGCCAAUUAUCAAAGAUAUUCCUCUGAGUAAUAGCUCUGUCCAGAGGAGGGUUGAUGAAAUGGCAGAAGACGUCGAAGACCAACUCUGCACAAUUCUGAAGAAAACAGAAUUCACUUGGACGAGUCUACUUUGCCAGCUCUGCUUUAAAAAUGACGAAGACUUCCAAAGCUUACUGCUCCACACAGAGGCUAUCUUCCAGUAUCCUGGACAGAGUGUUGUUGCUGUCAUCACUGCAGCUGUUGUUCUUUCUAUAGUUGUCCCUGUUGCUGCCUUAUUCCUCUUGAAAAUUCCUUCUGUAGUCACAAUGGGACGUUGCUCAUAG